AUGCCUCUUGGCCAUUCAGCCGCACGUUCUUCCCGCAUAUCGAAAAGACCUCAGCAGCUAUUAAGACGCUCUGCAUCGUCGCCUUUGACCGACUUCACUCAAAGGAAACCAAUCCAGCGCUCCAAGUCCAAAGUGGACGUCGCUGAUAACGAUGAUGGUUUUUUUGGAGACCGUCUUGACGAUAUUGGCAUUGUAAAGUCAUUAGCAUCUGACCUCUCCUUACGAGAUGUGGCUCAAUCAAUACAAUACGUGCACUCCCAUAUGUUUACUGCCAUUCCAGAGGAUGGGGGUUUCAACAGUACGAGGAUUGCAGAGAUCCUUAAUUUCAGAAAAUCUCUACCUCCAACUGUCACUUUACCCCAUCUUCAUGCUCUGACCCAAUCGCCCACCAAGACGGAGCGAGAGAUUGCAGAGUUGACAAGAGCUGGCAUUGUCAGGAGAUUGGUCACUCCUGGACGAGGCACCGGUGGGUCGAGUAUAGGCGAGAGCCUGAUACUCUCGAAAGAUGUCGAAAGGCUACUAAGGCAAGCUGAGGAGCUCAGUCAAGAAUUGGCGGAUAAAUUCUCAGUCUGUCUCCGGACAAAGCCAAUGGCUCUAAAGAUCCCACCUAGUACUUUCUCGGCAGCAGAGAUUACAGCACUUAUGCGUGCCGGCUUCCUGACAUCUUCUGUUCAGGGUUUGAAUUCCACGAAUGUUUUUGCUGGCCCCGAUUCUGGGCCUACUGGAAAUUUAACCUCAAUCUCAACUAUUGCAAAAGCAGCGUCUGGCUCCAUGGCUGCUAUUGGGGGAGAAGGCGCCAUAUAUGGUGCUGGGGGAAGAGGUGGCAUCCGGCGUAGCAGUUCCCAAUUGGAGAGGUCUUCUGAGCAGCAAUCGUCGGAGGCGUUUGGCGAGGGAGUAGAACUGAGAUUGUCUCUGCCAGGCACCGGCGCUUUUUUGAAGCUCUUGAGUGCUGCUCGUUCCCAUCUUGUCGCUCUUGCCAUGAAGUCGAAAUUUCGGGAAAUCCCAAUUUACCUCCUUCGUGAGAAAUGGGAUGGGGGGAUAUCUGCUGAUGACCCUGCUGCCAAAGCAAAGAAAUACAGGGGCGAAUUUACAGGAAUUCUGCCAAGCCGGACUCGAAGAUGGAAGCAGUUUUAUGGGCUUUCCUUUGAUUGGACGUUGGCAGAGUGCCUUGGCGCAGGCCUGGUGGAAGUUUUCGAGACUGGAAGCGUUGGUCAAGCUGUCCGUAUUCCUUGA